AUGAAACCAUCUAAACUGCAAGAUCAUCUGAGAAGAUGCCACCCUGAUAAAACAGAGAAAGAUUUGAAAUACUUUCAAACACUCAAAGAUAAAUUUCAGAAGAGACCUACACUGGACAGAAUGUUCGCUUCGACGUCACAAAGAAAUGAUGAUGGUUUGCGGGCGUCUUGCAAUAUCUCGUUACUUAUAGCAAAAUCCGGAAAACCUCAUACUAUCGGAGAGAAGUUAAUUUUGCCAGCCGUUGAAGAGGUUUUAAAAACUGUUUUACACAAACCUGCAUCUGAUAUCAUUAAAACAAUUCCCUUAAGCAACAAUAUUGAUGAAAUGAGUUCUGAUAUUGAAAGCUUUUUUUGUAAUUAUUUGCAAACGACCCAUUUCUCUAUACAACUGGACGAGUCAACUUUACCUGAUAAUGCAGCAUUAUUAUUGGCAUAUGUUCGUUUUAUUAUGAAUCAAGAAAUCUACGAAGAACUGCUCUUCGCAAGAACUUCAAUAACCGACACUAAAGAUUUUGAAUCUAGGUUUGAGGAUAUUUUGACUAUGGUAAUACCACCGUGGAUAAUUAAUCCAUAUGGUGACAUAGAAGACACGAAUGUCAUUAUACAAGAGGAACUGACUGAACUAAGUACAAACGAAGAACUUAAGGUUCAGUUUAAAAACGGAUAUCAGCAAUUCUGGCUGCAAAACAACAUACCCGUUACUUAUCCCGUAUUAUGGAAUAUAGCGAGAACAUUUUUAAUUCCCUUUCCAUCGUCAUACCUAGUGGAAAGGGGGUUCAGCGCUGUUACCAAUCUCCUAACGAAAAAAAGAAACAGACUGGACAUCAUUAGCCGAGGAGAUUUAAGAUUAACUCUUACAAAAUUGACGCCAAAUGUUGAUAACUUAUUAUUAAAGCAUCAGGUUCAUCCUUCUCACUAA